UAGAAAGAGAGGUUUUAGAGGGAGAGAGGAUAGAGGAGAAAUGGAGGGCAUUAGGGAAGAGGAGAAUGGAGAAGAGGUGUUAGGGUCAAGCUUGACGAUGGAGAAGGUGGCGGCGGCUAAACAGUUUAUUGAGAAUCAUUAUAGAGCUCAGAUGAAGAAUAUUCGAGAGCGCAAAGAAAGACGAUGGGUCUUGGAGAGAAAGUUAGCUGCUUCUGAUGUGCCCAAGGAGGAACAGAUCAAUCUGAUAAAAGAUUUAGAGCGAAAAGAGACAGAGUUUAUGAGACUUAAAAGGCACAAGAUUUGUGUUGAAGAUUUUGAUCUUUUGACCAUUAUUGGAAGGGGAGCCUUCGGUGAGGUUCGACUUUGUCAGGAGAAGAAAUCUGGACAUAUUUAUGCAAUGAAGAAGUUAAAGAAAUCUGAAAUGCUUAAGAGAGGACAGGUGGAACAUGUUAGAGCGGAGAGGAACCUGCUGGCAGAAGUUGCAAGCCACUGCAUAGUAAAACUUUAUUAUUCAUUUCAGGAUGCUGAGUACUUAUAUUUGAUCAUGGAAUAUCUUCCUGGUGGUGAUAUGAUGACUUUGUUGAUGAGGGAGGAUACCUUAACUGAAAAUGUGGCCAAGUUUUACAUUGCUCAAAGUGUAUUGGCCAUUGAAUCUAUUCACAAGCAUAAUUACAUUCACAGAGACAUUAAACCUGACAACCUUCUUCUUGACAAAAAUGGUCACAUGAAGCUAUCAGAUUUUGGCCUUUGUAAACCUCUAGAUUGUUCAAAUUUACCAGCAAUCCAUGAGAAUAAGCCCAUGGAUGAUGAAAACAUGACAGAACCUAUGGACAUUGAUGGAUGUAUUCCUGAUGCGGAUAAUAAGAGCAGUUGGAGAAGCACUCGUGAGCAGCUUCAGCAUUGGCAGAUGAACAGAAGAAAGUUGGCAUUUUCAACUGUGGGAACGCCUGAUUACAUUGCUCCUGAAGUGUUAUUAAAGAAAGGAUAUGGCAUGGAAUGUGACUGGUGGUCGUUAGGAGCAAUAAUGUAUGAAAUGCUAAUUGGAUAUCCACCAUUUUAUUCAGAUGAUCCAAUUACCACAUGCAGGAAGAUUGUGCAUUGGAAAAAUCACCUAAGAUUUCCUGAAGAUUCAAGGUUAAGUUAUGAGGCAAAGGAUCUCAUAUGUAGAUUGCUGUGUGAUGUCGAGCACAGACUGGGUACCGGAGGGGCACAUCAAAUUAAAGCUCAUCCUUGGUUCAACGAUGUUGUCUGGGAUAAACUCUAUGAGAUGGAGGCAGCAUUUAAACCUGAAGUGAAUGGGGAAUUAGAUACUCAAAAUUUUAUGAAGUUUGAUGAAUUGGAUUCUCCAGCACCAGCAAGAACCGGCUCGGGACCCUCACGGAAGAUGCUAUUAACACCCAAAGAUUUAAGUUUUGUUGGCUAUACAUACAAGAACUUUGAUGCUGUCAAAGGGCUACGGCAUUCUUUUGAUUUAAAAAAUCCAUCAAUGGAACAGCAAUCUGUUGAUUCUAUAUAUGGUGAUUCAGGGAUAGGAUAUUCUCCUAAGCGAUCAGCUGAGGAAACAGAAGUGCAAAUGCUUGCAUCAGCAGGUGAUCCCAUGUUGCCAUAAAGUAACUAAAGGGAAAACCUCUUACAUGGAUAUAUGGAUAUUUCGGCUUGUUUUAAGUUAGGCAAUCCUCCAAGAUCUGCAGUUCUUAUGCAGUGGCUGCCAUCCGAUCCGUGGAACCACUUUGUUAAAUGUACAGUACUAUUUAAGAAAAUUUUAAAAUCCAGUUGUGAGUCGACUGUUAGGAGAAGCAAAGACUCUUUUUCAGCCUAAAAGGCUUUGUGUAUUAGAAGUUAGAUCAGAGUUCUGAAACUUGAUGCACUGGCUGCCCAGGUUGGCUGCGGUAAAUUUGCCUUCUCUAGUGGUAGUUUCUGGUCAAAAUUUUAAUUGAUAGCAACUCCUGAUAAACUCUAUAGCCAUUUUGGGAGCAAUGAUCCCCCCAUUGUUGUGUGUAAACUAUUAUUAGCAAAAACUCGAAUUUAACUAAGAGGAAAUAACAUUUUGCUCACAAAAAUACCUUCUCAGUAAAAUUGUCCAUUGAAUUACUCGUACUACUUUUGUCGUAUGAUUGUGCUUUUGAGGUUUUGUCAACUUCUGAAAAAUGUUGUUAUUUAACAGUUUUAAGCAAUUCUCCCCUGUUCCUUUCUGUGGCUAUUGAUGUAAGUGCUCCCUGCGUGGACCAUUACUACAAUUCUCUAUUCCAAUUUGCCUAGUUUUAGUCCUUCUGAACAGUGGGGCAUUUAGUGUUCUGACUUAAGUUGACGGAACCAUUCCAAGUGAGGAGCUCCCCAGUUGUUACUAGAAAACAUGAUUAAGCAACCUCAAGACUCCAAUCUGGCAUGGAUUUUUCUUUUAAUCUAUCAUCUGACAUGUAUUUGUUUUGCAGGUUAGGAUUCAAUAUUCUUAUUUUCCGCUAGGGAAAACAGGAUAUUCCCCUUUUUUUCAACCAAAAACGGGAUUGUUAUUGUCUGAAACUGAGAAAAUAGAACCCUCUGAGUUAGGCCUUCAGGAUUGAAUUUGGUCCAAGGAAAUGAUGACUCGAAAGAAUAAAACUGAAUUGGUUUAAAGUCUUGACCUUGAAUCCAUGGAAAAUAGAGAGGUUUCGUGCCUUAAACAAAAAGUCAAUUGCUAUUGACUUCAAAAGUAAGCGGAACAAACAAGGAAACUAGAAAACGAAAUUUGUAGCUUUUUUUAGUGAUAACUACGGUUGAAAACAGGAAGGUCAGACUUGAGCCUUACCUAAAAUGCAACCAAAUGAGUGUUGUGGGUAAUUAAAAGGUCAAGUUUUAGCAUUUAUUUAACUAUAAUGAACAUGUAAUCAAGUUGUCUAGG